AUGGAGGUCGCCUCCACAGGGGUGCCAAACGGCGUCUCGACGCCGGAUCUGGCAGCUUUGGUGGAUUCCGGCGCUGUGAUUCAGUACCUGACGGAGGUGCUCCAGGUGACACUGGGCGCUCUCAAAUCCGAGUUGGAGGCCACCGGGAGCUUGCUCUCGGAGGCCAGGUACAAUGAGACCUUGCAUAGAUGUACGCGGUUCGCCUCCGAGCCGCAGGUCGCGAUCUAUGUACAGAAAGAUAUCGCGGGCGCCGCGGAGACCAAUGGCGAAACCGAGGGUCAAGACUCGGUACAAUAUCUCUAUACUAUCUCCUCGGAGAUUUCAUCGUCCUCAACCACCGUCUCGUCGGUGGCUUUCAUCAAACGUCCUGCUCCUAUCGACCCGGCUCUACCGAUCGCUUCGCAGAUUCAGGUCAUGAAUCUGCCCGGUGUCGCAUCUCUCAAUAAUACUCAGGGUCAACAAGGGACUACUAUGUCGCCUUACCAGGUUUUACAUCUGCUGCUCCACCAUGGUCUGAGUCCCUAUUUCGAAGCCUACGCCCGCAACCAAGAAACCAUUGCUGGCGUGAAGCCUAGAGCCGAUACUGAGACAAAGACCGGUAUUCCCGGAACGAAGAAAAAAUUCGCCGAGUUAGAGCUAGGUCUUAUGCAUUUGCAGCAAAAUGUGGAGAUCCCAGCUUUGAACCUUCCAAUGCAUGAUGUAGUCCAAGCCGCGUUGAAAGAAGCUGAGGCCAAAGGUGUCAAACCCUCGGUCGAGCUGAUUCCCACGACAAUUCUGGACAACAGUGCCUUCACGAACAGCAUCCAGAAUACUGUGAAUGGUUGGAUUCGCUCGAUUCAGACGAUCACCAAAAUGUCUCGGGAUCCGGACAGCGAGUCAGCAUCUCCCGAGAUUAACUUCUGGCUGUCUAUGGAGUCGGCUUUGGAGAGCAUCGAGGCUCAGCUGGCAAGCGAUGGUGUCAGAUUAACCAUGGACAUUCUCCGCCAUGCGAAGCGUUACCAACCGACCCUUAGUUUCCAGGCUGACACGGGACUGAGAGAUGCCUCCGAGCUGGUUCAGAAGUACAAUCAGCUGAUGCGUGACUUCCCUCUGGAUGAGCUUCUAUCUGCCACCUCUCUGAGCAAGGUGCAGGAGUCGCUUGGCUUAAUAUUCAGCCAUCUGAACAAGAAGCUGAAAAUCUGCCCCUACCCUAUCAAGCGAGCCCUUUCACUCGUCGAGGCCAUUUCAGGUGACCUCGACCGGAAAGUCCACGAUCUCAUUCCCGGCCGUGAUAUCUUGCACCUGGAUUACCGUGAAUUUCGGUCGUUGAUGAAAACCACCCAGGCCAUCUGGCGUGCGUGGGAUGAGAAUCUGAAGGAAUUUACCAAUGUUGCUCGUGACUCGACUAGACGCCGCAAUGAAAAAUUCAUCCCGAUCAAAAUUAAUGGAAGACAUGAAUUGACCCGCGAACGUCUCAAGUACAUCGACACCUUCCGUGUCAAUCACGAGCAGCUUCAGAGGACCAUUAUUAACGUCCUCGGACCUAGCAAGUCUUCCGCAGAGACCGGCGCUGGCGUUGACUCUGACGAGACUGUUAUUGUUGAGGAGAUUGGUGAUGUUGAUGCCGUCGAGGAAGUGACGCAUGCCUACGCUGCCCUCAAGAAUGUUGAUGUUUUGGACGUUUCCCCUGAAGGAUCUCGUACUUGGGAACAAGCCGAGAUUGGCUACAGUGAGCGUACUUCUCGCGUGGAGAAUUCUAUCAUUGCUCGUCUGCGUGAUCGUCUUGCGACUGCUAAGAAUGCCAACGAGAUGUUCCGUGUUUUCUCCAAGUUCAAUGCUCUUCUGGUCCGACCUAAGAUCCGUGGUGCUAUUGGAGAGUAUCAGACUCAGCUCAUCGACAAUGUAAAGCGUGAUAUCUCUGGUCUACACGAGCGCUUCAAGCAGCAGUAUGGCCACUCCGAGGCUCAUGCGAUGGCGCAGCUUCGUGAUCUUCCACCCGUCUCCGGCGCUAUCAUUUGGGCUCGUCAAAUCGAGCGUCAACUUGAUAGCUACAUGCGCAAGGUUGAAAAUGUUCUGGGAGAGGACUGGCACUUACACACUGAAGGCCAAAAACUCCAAUCUGAGAGCAACAUGUUCCGCAAGAAGCUCGACACUCGACCUGUCUUUGAAUCCUGGCUCUACGAUGUUCAAAGAAGACACAUCACAAUUUCUGGACGACUCUUCAAUAUCGUGCGUAAUCGCGCCGCUGGAAAUAUCCUGGAGCUUACUGUCAACUUCGAUGCCCAAAUUAUUGCUUUGUUCAAAGAGGUCCGCAACCUUAUUUGGCUGAAUUUCCAGGUUCCUCAUGCUGUCAGCAACAUCUCCAAGGAAGCUAAGCGCGUCUACCCCUACGCCAUCAGCUUGAUGGAGAGCGUGCGGACCCUGCUACAAACCCUCCGUAUCAUUGCCUCUAUGUCUGACGUCGCUAUUCUUCUCAAUGGAUACAUCAACGACUCGCAGGCCAUGGUGGGCAAGGGUAUACCUCUGCGCUGGGAGUCGUUUGUUCAUUCUUAUGAGUUGCAUGUUAAACAGUCACUCCCAAAUGGUACCAUUGACAGCACCGUGCCUAACCGUACCGAGAGCAAACAUGUUCAAUUUGUUCGCGAGUUCGCGGGAUCGGCAUCGGUCCUUCAGGACAAGACGACCACACUGUCCACCAUCAACGAAAGCAUUCAAAAAUCGACCCAUGAGCUCAAGACUUGCGCAUACGACUCCGCUGCUUUCAAGCAGCGCUUGGACACCAUUCAAUCUUCUGUUGAUAAACUCAAUCUUGAGAACUAUGUCAACUUGGAACACUGGGUUUCAGAGCUUAAUGGAAAGAUCGAGGUAAUCCUUCGUGAGCGUCUUCAUCGCGCGAUUCGUGAGUGGAUCAGCACCUUCCAAGAAUCUCGUACUGAGGCAACAACGUCUUUCCACGCUCAAACCAGCGCCGGGGAAAACCAGGUUCUUCACCUUGACCCACCGCUGCAGUUCGCUCGAGCUAGCUGGUUCUCUCACUUUGACACCUGGCUGGGAGUUAUCUGCAACCUCGAAAAGAUCAAGGCCUCUCGUUACCAGAUUUCCAUCAAUGUGCAAACUGUGCGUCAAUCUGAAGCCUGUUUCUCAGAGCUCCCCCAAGGCUGUACCGAUGAGCUCAACCAGGUCUAUGGCGUGAUCGAGUCGAGACUAGGUGAUGUAUCCGAGUACGUCGACAAAUGGUUGCAAUUCCAGUCGCUUUGGGAUUUGCAAUCUGAGCAGGUCUAUGAUAUCCUGGGAGACGAUCUUUCCCAGUGGCUUCAACUGCUACAGGAGAUUCGAAAGAGCCGUGCCACCUUCGACACCUCGGAAGUCGGCCGAUCUUUUGGUAACAUCCGAAUUGACUAUGAGCAGGUGCAGACGAAGGUCAACGCCAAGUAUGACCAGUGGCAGCACGAGAUUCUCCAGAAGUUCGGUGCCAAGCUUGGUGGUCGUAUGAGAGAAGUCCACUCCGAGAUUGCUACUGCUCGUCGUGAUUUGGAGGGCCAGACCUUGGAGGCUUCCUCUACCGCACAUGCUGUGUCUUUCAUCACCAUUGUUCAGCAGUGUAAGCGCAAAACUCGUGUCUGGGAGCCAGAGGUCGACCUUUUCCGCCAAGGUCAGACCACCCUCGCACGUCAGCGCUAUCAGUUCCCUAGUGACUGGCUUCACGUUGAAAACGUCGAUGGAGAAUGGGCCGCAUUGAACGAGCUACUAACCCGCAAGAGUAAGAUCGUUCAUGAUCAGACCGAGGGCCUCCGCGCAAAGAUCAGCGCUGAAGACCGAGUCAUCAAUGACAAGAUUGCUGAGGUAAUUGCUCAGUGGAACGAUGAGAAGCCCGUCUCUGGCACUAUCCCUCCCGACGAAGCAUCUCGUACUUUGAGCUCCUUCCAGUCGCGCCUUGAAUCCCUUCAGUCUGAAUUCGAAAUGGUCUCCAAGGCCAAGGAAGCACUUGACCUCCCUGCCAGCUCUGAGUCAUCUCUUCCAGCUAUUCUCGAGGAGGUUCAAGACUUUAUGUCUGUCUGGGCUGCUCUAUCAACCAUUUGGAAGAGUUUGAAUGACCUCCGUGAUGGUUUGUGGACUAGCGUGCAGCCCCGCAAGCUGCGCCAGGCUAUUGAUGGUCUGAUCAAGAUGACCAAAGAAAUGCCUAGCCGAAUGAGGCAGUACGCUGCUUUCGAGCAUAUUCAGAAUGUUCUUCGCCAACUUCUCAAGGUGAACACUCUCCUGUCGGACAUGAAGUCCGAAGCUGUGAAGGAACGCCACUGGCACAAGAUUUACAAGUCUUUGAAGCCUGGAAAGCGGUUUUCACUUGUGUCGCUGACUCUGGGCGAUGUCUGGGACUUGCAGCUGGCAACAAGCGAGACUGUGAUCCGUGAUAUUAUCGCUCAGGCCCAGGGUGAAAUGGCCUUGGAGGAAUUCCUGAAGUCCGUUCGUGAGACCUGGCAAAACUACUCUCUAGACCUGGUAAAUUACCAAAACAAGUGCCGUCUUAUCCGUGGCUUCGACGACCUGUUUGCGAAAUGUAGUGAGAACCUGAACUCGCUCCAGGCCAUGAGACACUCACCUUACUACAAGGAAUUUGAAGAGGAGGCUGCCUCCUGGGAAGACAAGUUGAAUCGCGUCCAUGUUCUCUUUGAUGUUUGGAUUGAUGUCCAGAGACAAUGGGUCUACUUGGAAGGUGUCUUCACCGGCAAUGCUGACAUCAAGCAUCUGCUUCCGCUGGAGUCGAGCCGAUUCCAAAAUAUCAACUCGGAGUUCUUUGCUGUUAUGAAAAAGGUGUACAAAUCUCCGUUCGUUCUCGAUAUUCUUGCCAUCAACGGUGUCCAGAAGUCUCUGGAGCGCUUGGCCGAGCUGCUGAACAAGAUUCAGAAGGCACUUGGUGAAUAUCUCGAGCGUGAGCGUGUGUCAUUCCCUCGCUUCUACUUUGUUGGAGACGAGGACUUGCUUGAAAUUAUUGGCAACAGCAACGACAUCUUCCGUGUUGCCAAGCAUUUCAAGAAGAUGUUUGCUGGUUUGAAUGGCCUCCUAAUGGACGACGAAAACAACAUCGUCGGAUUAACCUCAAAGGAAGGCGAAGAAGUCCGCUUGAAAAAGGAAGUCAACCUCCUUAAAACUCCACGCAUCAAUGACUGGCUCACUGCGUUGGAGACCAACAUGAAAUUGACUUUGGCUGAGCUUCUCGGAGAGGCUGUCGAGCAGUUCGACACUUUGUACAGCGGCCCUGACGUCGAUCGUACUGCCUUUAACGAUUUUCUUGCCAACUACCCUGCCCAAAUCGUUGUCCUUGCCAGCCAGGUCGUCUGGACUAACGCUGUCCAGAAGUCUCUGGAAGACGGCGGCGCAAACCUCCAAGCUUUGUAUGACGCAGAGGUCAGAAUUCUGGAAUUGCUCGCUGCCACUGUGCUUGGAGAACUUGAUGCCAUCACUCGCAAAAAGUGUGAGCACAUGAUUACAGAAUUCGUUCACCAGCGUGACACCAUUUCCAAGUUGAUUCAAUUCAACGCAACCACCCCAACACACCAUCUGUGGUUGCUACAGAUGCGCUACGUUUACCAGCCGGAGGGUGACUUCCUUCAACGUCUGUAUGUCCACAUGGCGAAUGCUAAGCUCAACUAUGGAUUCGAGUAUCUCGGUGUUCCUGAGCGUUUGGUCCGCACUCCUCUUACGGACCGUUGUUUCCUUACACUUACUCAGGCUCUGUGCCAGAGACUUGGUGGCUCUCCCUACGGUCCAGCUGGUACUGGUAAAACCGAAUCUGUCAAAGCCCUGGGUCUUCAGCUUGGUCGCUUCACGCUUGUCUUUUGCUGUGACGACACUUUCGAUUUCCAGGCCAUGGGCCGAAUUUUCCUUGGUAUCUGUCAAGUCGGUGCUUGGGGUUGUUUCGAUGAAUUCAAUCGUCUGGAGGAGAGAAUCUUGUCUGCAGUUUCCCAGCAGAUUCAGAAUAUUCAGAUUGGCCUGCGCAAGGGCGAGGAAGAUAGCAAGACACAGAUUGAGCUAGUUGGCCGUAAGCUGGCUGUCAACGGCAACACUGGUAUCUUCAUCACCAUGAACCCCGGCUAUGCGGGUCGUUCCAACUUGCCCGACAACCUGAAGAAGCUGUUCCGCAGCGUUGCAAUGUCCAAGCCCGACAAGGAACUUAUUGCGGAAGUCAUGCUGUUUUCUCAGGGUUUCAAGCAAGCCAAGCCUUUGUCCAAGCAGACCGUGCCGUUCUUUGACCACUGUGCUUCUCAGCUGUCUAAACAAGCCCACUACGACUUCGGCCUUCGUGCAUUGAAGAGUGUCCUUGUCAGCUCUGGAGGUCUCAAGCGUGCUCGUAUUGCCAAUGCUGACGGUGAGAUUGGCCCUGACGAGGUGGUUGAGCCUCAGAUUAUUGUUCAGAGUUUGCGAGAGACUAUUGCGCCCAAGCUUGUGCAAGAAGAUGUUGAGCGGAUGCUGAACAUUCAAGUCGAAGACUUCCCUGGGGUCGACUAUGUGCCUGCCAAUUACGAGAAGCUUACUCAGGCCAUUCGGGAUAUUGCUAAGGAACAACACUUCGUAGACAGCGACAUGUGGAUUUCCAAGGCUCUUCAGCUGUACCAGAUCCAGAGUAUUCACCACGGUGUCAUGAUGGUUGGAAAAUCUGGAGCCGGUAAGUCAGCUGCUUGGAAGAUACUUCUGCAGGCCAUGCAACGCAUUGAAGGUAUUGAGGGUGUCUCCCACAUUAUCGACUCCAAGGUUAUGUCUAAAGAGGCUCUCUAUGGUAACCUGGACAGCACUACGCGUGAGUGGACUGACGGUCUCUUCACUGGUAUCCUGAGAAAGAUUGUCGACAACCUUCGUGGAGAAGAUAGCAAGCGCCACUGGAUUGUAUUUGACGGUGACGUCGAUCCCGAGUGGGUUGAGAAUUUGAACAGUGUUCUUGAUGACAACAAACUUCUUACUCUGCCCAACGGUGAACGUCUCAACCUGCCAUCGAAUGUCCGCAUCAUGUUUGAAGUCGAGACAUUGAAGUACGCGACCCUCGCUACUGUCUCUCGAUGUGGUAUGGUGUGGUUCAAUGCCGAUACUGUUACUCCAUCCAUGAUGAUCAACAAUUAUGUUGAAAGUCUCAAGACCAAGACAUUCGAGGACUUGGACGAUGAUAGUGCUCCUGCGGGAUCCGCUGCGGUCAGAACCCAGGUUGCGCAGGAUCAGCUUUCCACCAUUCUUAAGCAGCACUUGGAAAGUGAUGAUCUGGUUCUUAAGGCUCUUGACGAAGCCAAGAAGUACAACCACAUCAUGGACUUCACCGACAUUCGCGCACUCAAUACUAUGUUUAGUUUGCUGAAUAAAGCGUGCCGCAACGUCCUGGAGUACAAUAUCCAGCAUGUUGACUUCCCUCUUGACCCCGAGCAAAUGGAGUCGUACAUCUCCAAGAAGCUCUUGCUUACUAUGGUCUGGUCCUUCACUGGUGAUUGUCCUCUUGCGGACCGUAAGGCCUUCGGGCAGUAUCUCUCUGGAAUGUCCACCAUGGACCUGCCACCAGAUGGCGAUUCGUCUCUCAUCGACUUUGAUGUGACUCUUCCUAGAGCUGAGUGGACUAGUUGGCAGUCACAGGUGCCAUCGAUCGACAUCAACACACACUCGAUCACCCAAACGGAUGUCAUUAUCCCGACUAGCACAAGCCUUUGCUACUUUGCGGUCCCCCCCGGUUCGGGAAAGACUAUGACCUUAUUUGCCGCUCUGAGAAAGUUGCCGAACAUGGAGGUUGUCGGUCUCAACUUUUCCAGUGCAACCACCCCUGACCUCUUGAUCAAAACCUUCGAGCAGUACUGCGAGUACAAGAAGACCCUCAAUGGCGUGGUGAUGUCUCCCAACCAAAUUGGACGCUGGCUCGUCAUCUUCUGCGACGAGAUCAACUUGCCCGCCCCUGAUCGUUAUGGCACCCAGCGUGCCAUCUCCUUCUUGCGCCAACUUGUCGAGCAGAAUGGAUUCUGGCGCACAUCUGACAAGACGUGGGUCAGCCUUGAUCGUAUCCAAUUCGUUGGUGCCUGUAAUCCGCCUACAGACGCAGGUCGUACCCCAAUGGGAGAGCGUUUCCUGCGCCACGCUCCUCUCAUCAUGGUUGAUUACCCUGGUGAGAUCUCUCUCAAUCAGAUCUACGGCACAUUCAAUUCUGCAGUCCUCAAGAUCUUGCCAUUGCUACGCGGAUAUUCUGAGGCCCUCACCAAAGCCAUGGUCCAAUUCUAUCUUGAAUCCCAGACCAGAUUCACACCGCAGAUCCAGCCCCAUUAUGUGUACUCUCCUCGUGAGCUUACUCGCUGGGUUCGGGGCGUCUAUGAGGCAAUCAAGCCACUUGAAAGCCUGUCAAUUGAAGGCCUUGUGCGUAUUUGGGCCCACGAGGCUCUGCGUCUCUUCCAGGACAGAUUGGUCGGUGAAGACGAGCGCGCCUGGACUGCUGAUGCUGUUCGCCGUAUUGCUCUGGAGCAUUUCCCCACGAUCGAUGAUCAAGAGGCAUUGAAAGGUCCCAUCCUGUUCUCGAACUGGCUGUCCAAGAAUUACGUGCCCGUGGAUCAAGAGCGACUUCGUGACUUUGUCAAGGCACGUCUGCGGACAUUCUGUGAAGAAGAAGUUGAUGUGCCUCUAGUCCUGUUCAAUGAUGUUCUGGAGCAUGCUCUACGCAUUGAUCGAGUCUUCCGCCAGCCCCAGGGUCACCUCAUUCUUAUCGGUGUUAGUGGCAGUGGUAAAACUACUCUGUCUCGCUUCGUUGCUUGGAUGAAUGGUCUGAAGGUCUUCCAAAUCAAGGUUCACGGCAAGUACUCGUCGGAGGAUUUCGAUGAUGAUCUCCGAAGUGUUCUUCGUCGCGCAGGCUGUAAGGGCGAGAAGAUUUGUUUCAUCAUGGACGAGGCAAACGUCCUCGACUCCGGUUUCUUGGAGCGCAUGAACACCCUGCUUGCCAACGCCGAGGUCCCCGGUCUCUUUGAGGGUGAUGAGUUCUCUUCCUUGAUGACAGCUUGCAAAGAGGGUGCUCAGCGCCAGGGUCUGCUCCUCGACUCCCAAGAGGAACUCUACAAGUGGUUCACACAGCAGAUUGUCAAGAACCUGCACGUUGUGUUUACCAUGAACCCACCCGAGGACGGACUGUCUUCUAAGGCCGCGACUAGUCCCGCCUUGUUCAACCGUUGUGUCUUAAACUGGAUGGGAGAUUGGUCUGACCAAGCCCUAUUCCAGGUCGGUUCUGAGCUCACCCAGUCGGUUGAUCUCGAUAAGCCCAACUUCGUUUCUCCCGACAGCAUUCCGGUAGCUUACCGCGAACUGUCACUUCCAGCUUCUCACAGAGACACUGUUGUCAAUUCGAUGGUUUACAUCCACCACUCGCUGCACCGCUUCAACCAGCGUCUGCAGAAACAACAGGGCCGGAGCACUUUCCUCACGCCUCGUCAUUUUCUCGACUUUGUUGCUCAGUAUGUCAAGCUAUUCAACGAGAAGCGCGAGGACCUGGAGGAGCAACAGCGCCAUUUGAACGUUGGCCUAGAGAAGCUUCGCGAUACUGUCGAGAAAGUCAGCGACCUCCGCGGCAGUCUCGCCCAGAAGAAGACCCAAUUGGAGAAGAAGGAUACCGAGGCCAACGAGAAACUACAACGCAUGGUCGCUGAUCAGCAAGAGGCAGAGCAGAGGAAGCAGGUUUCGCUAGAAGUGCAGGCUGCUUUGGAAAAACAGGAGAAGGAGGUGGCAGAGCGGAGGGAGGUUGUCUUGAACGAUUUGGCAAGGGCCGAGCCCGCUGUUGCGGAGGCACAAAAGAGUGUCAGCAACAUCAAGCGUCAGCAUCUUACAGAAGUCCGAUCCAUGGGUAACCCGCCGGCUAGUGUCCGCCUCGCCCUGGAAGCCGUCUGCACGCUUCUCGGCCACAAGGUCGAUAGCUGGAAGACCAUCCAAGGUCUUAUUCGUCGUGAUGACUUCAUCGCUAGCAUUGUGAAUUAUGACAACGAGCGCCAAAUGACUCGCAACCACCGAACCAAGAUGCAGAACGAGUUUUUGUCCAAGGAGGACUUUACCUACGAGCGAGUUAACCGUGCCAGUAAGGCAUGUGGUCCCCUGGUCCAAUGGGUUGAGGCUCAAGUGAAUUAUUCCGCGAUCUUGGACCGUGUUGGACCCUUGCGCGAAGAGGUUGACCAGCUCGAAGAGCAGGCUCUGCAAACCAAGGCUGAGGCGCAGGCUAUUGAGAAUACCAUCCAUGGCUUAGAAAGCAGUAUUGCUACUUACAAGGCUGAAUAUGCUGCUCUCAUCAGUGAAACGCAAGCAAUCAAGACAGAAAUGUCCCGUGUCCAGUUCAAGGUUGACCGCAGUGUCCGUUUGCUUGACAGUUUGGCAUCCGAGCGUGAACGUUGGGAGGAUGGCAGCAAGUCGUUCGAGACACAAAUCGGCACCCUUGUUGGUGAUGUGAUCAUUGCCGCCGCUUUCCUUGCCUAUGCUGGUCUCUACGAUCAGCAAUUCCGUAAGGCCAUGAUCGAGGAUUGGGUUCACCAGCUGGCUCAGUCCGGGAUCAACUUCAAGCCCCACAAUCCGAUCACGGAGUACCUUUCUAAUGCUGACGAGCGUCUCACUUGGCAAGGAAAUUCCCUGCCUGUCGACGAUCUCUGUACAGAGAACGCCAUUGUCUUGAAGCGUUUCAAUAGAUAUCCUCUGAUUGUCGACCCGUCUGGUCGUGUCACCGAGUUCUUGCAAAAGGAAAGCAAGGACCGCAAGCUUACCGUGACGAGCUUCCUGGACGAUUCCUUUGUCAAGCAGCUUGAGAGCGCCUUGCGUUUCGGAAAUCCCAUCCUUAUCCAGGAUGCCGAACACUUGGACCCAAUUCUCAACCACGUUCUCAACAAGGAAUACCAGAAGACCGGUGGCCGAGUCUUGAUUCAACUUGGCAAGCAAGAGAUCGAUUUCUCACCAUCCUUCAAACUCUUCCUGUCUACUAGAGAUCCUUCUGCUUCGUUCCCACCGGACGUUUGCAGUCGAACCACCUUUGUGAACUUUACAGUCACUCAGAGCAGUUUGCAGACGCAGUCGCUGAACGAUGUGCUAAAGUUCGAGCGACCCGAUGUUGACGAACGCCGUAACAACCUCGUCAAGAUGCAAGGAGAGUUCAAAGUCCACCUUCGGCAACUGGAGAAGCGUCUGUUACAAGCACUGAACGAGUCUCGUGGUAACAUUCUCGACGAUGAUAAUGUCAUCGACACGCUGGAGACUCUCAAGAAGGAGGCUGCUGAGAUUUCCAAAAAGAUGUCGGAGACCGAGGGUGUCAUGACAGAGGUGGAGAAUAUCACUCACCAGUACAGCACUAUCGCUCGUGCCUGCAGUGCUGUAUUUGCUGUUCUGGAGCAACUUCACCACAUCAACCACUUCUACCAGUUCUCACUGCAGUACUUUGUUGACAUUUUCAACUCGGUCUUGUACCAGAACAAGCGACUUGCUCAGGAGAAAGAUCACUCUGCGCGCGUGCAGAUCAUCAUUCGUGACUUAUUCAUUACCACUUUCCAGCGGACUUCACUAGGUCUUGUUCAGAAGGAUCGCGUUACUCUCGCUAUUCUUCUUGCUCAGGCCACUCCGUUCCCUAUGGACAGAGCUAUCUUGGACCGUAUUCUGGACGAAUCUGUCGAGGACAGUGAUCUUUCCACGACAACAGAUUCUCGUGACCAAGUGAUGAACAAGUUGCUCAACAUGUCAAUCUUCAAGGAUUACGUACCCGGCAUUCCCCAGGAUCAUUGGGAUCGAUUCUUCGACGAGGAACUUGCAGAAAAUGCCGUUCCGAUCGUCUGGGGCGAGAACACCACUCACCUCGAUCAAUUGCUUCGGUCAUUGCUCCUUGUCAAGCUCUGCCGGAUGGACCGAUUUGUUCCCAUGGCCGAGCGCUUCAUCGAGGCUGUGUUUGGACGUGAGCUCUUUGAGGGCAGCAGCGAUCUUAAGGACGUCGUUGAACAGGUCACUGCAACGAGGCCCAUUGCUCUUAGCUCCAGCCCGGGCUUUGAUGCUAGUUAUAAGGUUGACGCAUUGGUUGAACGUACUCAUGCCACCUGUGCUAAUAUUGCCAUGGGUUCGAACGAGGGUCUCGAGAGUGCCGACAAGGCUAUCAGCAACGCUGCCGCUGCUGGUAACUGGGUGCUAGUCAAGAACGUUCACCUGGCGCCUUCGUGGCUUCAGAGUCUGGAAAAGAGAUUGGAUUCGCUCAAGCCUCACAAAGAGUUCCGCCUCUUCCUGUCUAUGGAAUCCAGCCCCAAGAUCCCGGUCAACCUGAUCCGCGCAUCUCGCGUUCUGAUGUUCGAGCAACCUGCCGGUGUUCGCGCCAACAUGAAGGACUCUUUGUCAUCAUUGAACACCCGCGCCAGCAAGGCCCCCAUCGAAAAGGCUCGUGUUUAUCUCCUUCUUUGCUUCCUUCACGCUGUAGUCCAGGAACGACUCCGUUACGCGCCCAGCCUUGGAUGGAAGGGUUUCUGGGAAUUCAAUGACAGCGACUAUGAGUGCUCUGCGUUCAUCAUCGACUACUGGGUCGACACCGUUGCUCAAGGCCGCUCCAACGUUGCUCCUCAAAAGCUUCCAUGGGAGAUGAUCCGCACGCUAAUCACCGAGAUGUAUGGCGGCAAGAUCGAUGACGCCGGCGAUUUCCAGCAACUCGAGAACCUGGUCAGCCAGUUCCUCACGCCCGCAGCCUUUGAGGACGAGUACAAGCUCGUCUCCGGCGUAGAGAAGGACGAUCUCCUCACCCUGCCCAGCACGACCAAUAUUCGCGACUUUGUCAAUUGGGUCAACAACCUGCCUGAGCGUGAACCACCCACCUAUCUGGGACUUCCAGCCAAUGCAGAGAAGCUGCUUCUGGUUGGCCAUGGCCGCAAGAUGAUCUCUGAUCUGUCGCGCGUUACCACACUGCUGGACGAAGGGGAGCAGUUGAUGGUUGACGCCUAG